UUAGCUCGCGCCAUUACCCAGUCUUCAGGUUGGAUGCCGUGACGUAUUUACUGACAGGCACACGCGAGUUUUCGCGCCGGUGCUCCAUCUGCUCGCGAAGGCACUAUUUGGGGAGAUAAACCGAACCAACCGUCCCUUUCCUUUCCGUUUUACCGUUACGUGUCAACAAGUUCACUCACAGACUUUCUCAGUCUGUGUCUGCCAUCGGGAGGAAAAUAACGGGAACGCUGCUCUCUCCUGCAUCACCAAAUUACAAUUUAUUUUCACAAAAUCAUAGUUUUUUCCCCGGUCGACUGCGAUAUCCUGAACUGGAGCGCAUACUGAAUGAUGGCAUGCCGCAUCUACCAACAUCUAUUUUUCUUGUCCACGUUUGGAUGUUUGGUUUUGUUAACUGUGGUUUCUGUCGUCCAGGGCCGCGUCUUCCUAAUUAACCGGACAAACAGCUCUGACCUCGGGGGCUUGGCCGGGGCAGAACAUGCAUGUGCUAUCAAUGACGCCCGGCUGGCGACAGCCGAGGAGCUGCGUCACGCUGUGGUGGAGUGUUCCUUCUCUGCCUGCACACGAGGAUGGUUGGAGGGGGGCAGCGUGGGGACUGCUGUAUGUAGUAACUUGGGAGGUGCUUUAAAGGCAGUUGAUGUGAAAGUAGGGAAUGCUACAGAGGACAACACAAACCUGGAUUUCUUCUGUAUCAAAGACAAGGAAGUUCCAUGCGGUGACCCCCCUGCAUUUCCCAACACACAACUCCAGAGGCAAACAGGUUCUGAGAUUGGAGAAGAGCUGCUCUACACCUGUCUUCCUGGACAUGUGAUGCCCAGUGGCCAAUCAGCUUUCAGCCUGAUGUGUGACAGCUGUGGAGAGUGGUACGGACAGGUACAGCUCUGUGUCAAAGACAAGACAGAGGCCCAUAUUGACUAUGAAGAUAAGUUCACUGAUGACCACCUAUCGUACAACACCCCAAACCCAGAGGAGGAACCGAUGGAGGAGCAUGGUGAGGAGGUGCAUGAGGAGGCAGCAUAUGUUCAUGAGGAGAAGGGUGCAGGAGAAGAGGAGUACAGGGAUCCGGGGCAGCGGGAGGUUGACAUGGAAGAAGAGGCUCAUGGAGGAAGGGAGCUGUCUGUGGAGCAGCAGGAGGAGGUGAGGGGAGGAGUGGUGACAGGAGAAGAGGAAGAGGUGGAGGUGGAAGACUCAACUGACCAUCUGGUCAAGGAGGACGAGACAGCUGUUUCGGAGGCCACUGAAGUGCCCGUCUCCCUCCUGUCCCAGAAGCAUCUGUUCUGGUUUCCCUCAGAGGCCUUCCGGGAAGCAGAAGAUGUGGAACCUCCCCACACGCCAAUCACCCUGGACACUCCCACCGAGGGAGACAGCCGUGUCAGGGCCUCUGGCAGCGAAUCAGAGGAAAGCAAGGAAGACAGCCAACCAGAGGAGACAAAGGAUUAUGACAGACAUGGGGGUCACUUCCAACAACCAGUUGACCCUGAUGAAGAUGAGGUUGACCAUGAACAUGGUCAUGACGAGCAACGUGAGCACGACCUAGCGGCCCCUGACGAUCAAACCAAUCCUGAACACCAUGAAAGUUCUGAACGAGUUCUAGCGGGCGAGGGCCAUAUGGUCAAACAGCCUGGCCAUGAAGAUCACGGUAACUAUGACGAUGAGGAAGCACACCGCGGGGACCAAGGACAACACCAGGUGGACGACCGUGUGAAGGCGGGGCCGUACGAUGAUGGCGACGGGCAGAAUGAGCAUUACGACAUGGGUGAGCAUGAGGACGAGGACAGCAUCCACUAUCGCAGCCAUGAUGAACAUGACGACCAUGCAGACCAUGCCACCGACGACGUUACCGAUCGUCAUGACGAUGAUCGUCAUGACCACUUAGAUCCCAGCACUCACAAUGACCACUACGAGCAAGACCGCCUAGGCGUUCACGAUGACCAUAGCGAACAUGACCGUAAUGACCCUAACCUUCAUGACCAUGAUGACCACGAUGACCACGGACAUGACACUAAUGGAGAGAGAGUGGUUCCCCCAGUCGUCAUGACAACAGGUGAGCCUGUGACUGUAACCCAGGAGGUGGCAGGAGGAGGACCUGUAGCCAGCACAGAAGAGACCUGGUUGGACGGCUACCCUAUCAGUCAGGAGGAGACCAACACAGAGAAAGUGGGUGUUAUCUCCACAGAAGAAGGGGUGUCACGGGAAGAGGAAGAUCUUGUGAUCGUCGUGGCAACAGACCGCCCCAAUGACAUAGAGUUGAGUCGUCCAACCACAGAGGGGGCGGAAACUGUAGAUGAGGACGAGGACCAAGGCUGGGUUGGAAAACUCGCCCCCACACCUUCAUCCCUCUCCCCUGAGUCCACGCCUUCAGAUUCCCACUCUGCUGACUACGCCACACCCUCUUUGACAUCAUCACAGGGCAACGCAGCCCCGCCUGUUGCUACGGACACAUGGGAGACCCCAGAUCACGUGCACCCUUUCCUGGAGCUCAACCCUGCCCCCACGGCGUGGACUGAUGAUGUCAUCGACGAAUGGCACAACCGGACUCGACACAGUGAGGAGAGGGAGGGUGAGGAAGGGGAGAGGGAGGGGGAGAAGGGGGAGACAGGGUGUUCAGGGGGUGAGGAAGACUGCCCUCCCCCUCCUCCCUCAUCCGGCAGGGGGCCCAUGGUGGCGGCCAUUGUCAUAGCUGUGUGUGUGGUUGCCGUGGCAACUGCCGUUGGGGCCUGGUGUUACCGGCGGAAACAGCAGAAGAGUUCAAUGUACGAGAUGAAUGGAAAGAGUCAGAGUCCCAGCAGACACGGACAACAGAUAGAGAUGCAACAGAAGGUCUGAGAGAAGGAGAGAGACAGUGGGGCCGAGGACAGAGGAGGGGGGAUGAGUGGGAGGUGAUGUGGGUGGGGGUAACUGGGGGGCGUGGUGGUUGAACAGCCACACACUACACCUGCAGAGAUGGAAGAAUGAGUUGAGAGCUCAGGGGGUUUGAGGGACGAGGGUUUUCGAUGAUAGAAAGGACUGCCCCUCCAGAGCUCUGGGACAUUGUGGUACAAAAUAAUGUGUUUAUUAGUUAUUACUGUCUCAUCACCUGUGCUGUUGAUCUCUUUGUCGUUAUGCUGUAGUUGUUGUUCUUGUGCAAGACAAUUUAACUGUGUUACUGUAUGUUGUGAUGUUGAGGCUCAUUGUUGCUAGGUAGUUUCUUUUCUGAAUGUUUUUCUUAAGGCACCAAAUUUCUGAAACAGGAAGGAUUACCUGAACUCCUUUGCAUGAAUGUGGAGUAAACCUAAAUUUAGUUUCCCUGGGAUGAUAGACAGCAACAGCGCUGGAAAGAUUCCUCAUGGUAUUAUUACUUCAUCGUAACUUGUGUAUGUUCCAGCCUAGCCUUAAGACAGGAUGUAGAAAAGAGCAGGAAAGAGAAUACAACAGAUAUAACUCUAAAAUGUACACCGAUGAACAACAAACUUGCCGUUCCUCAUGGAUUGCACCUCAGCCAGGAGAAAGGAUUUGGGGAAUAGAGAUGUAUGGAGACUUCUUGUCUGGAAUGGCGUGUGUGUGUGUGUGUGUGUGUGUGUGUGUGUUGAUUUUGACUGAGGCUGCUGGUGAGAGAUUUAGAGUAGGAGUCCAGGCGGCCAGCUCCGCUCAGAGACAGGGCGCUGGGGGAAUAAUCAGGCCUGUGAGGGUAUGUGUUACACACUGGUGUGAUGUGCUGGUCCGUGGUCUCGCGUAUUUGAAGGUCUCCAGACGGGUUUGGGAGACUACGCCCGGGAGACCGGGGACAUCAGACGAUCUGACGCUACCAUGACGACAAACACAGACAGACGGACAAUGGGACGGACACUAGCGACGCAUAGCUAGACGAGAUGGUCUGUGCGCUUUUUUACGGUGUGACGAGCCCGAUUAUCACGUUCAAUUGUUUAUUAACAUGCGUAAUAGUUUCACGUGUUUCUGACAAAGACUACAAAGACAUUGUAAUUGCAUUCGUAGGCCUCGUGUACGUGGCCCUACUUUUCUAACGCAAAACCGCACACACCACUGUAAAACCACACCGCAGCGAUGAGGUGAUGUUGCAGCGCUGUUGACCAUGUCCACAACACAAUCAGUAAACGGCACAGGAAACACCUUUCACAUAAUGUCUUUAUACAGUACUGUAUAUAAUAUUGACGCCUGCCAAGACAUGACUUCGGUGCCGUGUCGUUCCGUCUGUUUUACGAUGUGACGGGGGCUCAUCCUGGUCUGCUGUGUGCGUUUUAUUGUUUGGGUGAAACGACGACCCUAAUGUGCGGAGUGAAGUUGUAAAAAGUAUCUUGUUCUGUAUUCAGUGUCUAAAGGUUUUAGGGGGUUUUGUAAACUUUCUGUUUUGAAGAGUUGUGUUUGUUUGUUGGAGACUUUUUAAGUGUUUUAUGUAAAUAAGAAUGUGUUUCUGUAAUAAUGCUUAGAGUGCCGUUCUGAACAGGACGAUAAAAUAACCAAAUUCUGCUUUGUACCCUCAAAACAGUAUAUGAAUUUGUUACCAUUGAUUAUUUCACCUUUACUAGGUGAACUCUACAACUUCCUGGUCUCUAUAUGACGUCAUCUCCCUCCAUAACGUCUUUUUGAUAUUGGGUCCAUUGAACAACAGUGUGAGUGUUUGUGUUGUCAGGAUGAAUUGUGUGUGUGUGUUCUACUGGUCAUACUAAUAAAGUAAUAAAUGUAUCACUCUGUGA